AUGGAUGCACAAAGUUUCCAAACGGACCAAAACAUCGAAUAUCAUUUAGUGACAAUGUUUGAAAAACUAGAAAAUCUUAGAAAUGAUACAGUUAAAACUUCGGAAAAAUCUAAAAUUCCUCUACAAGUGGAAAUCCGUACUCUGGAGUUUUGGCGGGCGGUUAUUUCGGAGUGUUUAUCUUCUUUUAUAUAUGUUUUUAUAGUGUGCGGGGCUGCUGCAGGAUCCGGUGUUGGAGCUCCUAUUUCUUCUGUAUUAUUAGCCACUGCACUCGCUGCAGGAUUUGCCAUGACUUCACUGACCCAGUGCUUUGGGCACAUUUCAGGUGCUCAUAUAAAUCCGGCAGUGUCCUUGGCGAUGGGUGUAAUAAAGAGAAUAUCAUUUCUAAGAACAUUACUCUUCAUUGUAGCGCAGUGUGGGGGAGGAAUUGCUGGAGCAGCUUUUUUGUAUGGGGUAACAAUUCCCGGCUAUCAGGGUAAUUUGUCAGCCGCAGUGGUUCACUCUGCAGGAAUUGCCCCGUGGGAACGAUUUGGUAUUGAGUUUAUGCUGACGUUUAUAGUGGUUUUCUCAUACUUCAUAUCAAUGGAUUCCUACCGAAAGUGGACAGGCACUAGUUCUCUUACCAUUGGAGCCACUUAUUCAGCUUGUUCCUUUGUUUCGAUGCCGUACUUGAAUCCAGCACGGUCUUUGGGGCCGUCCUUUGUAUUAAAUAAAUGGCACAACCAUUGGGUGUACUGGCUGGGUCCUAUGUGCGGUGGAGUAGCAGCAGGUUUAAUCUACGAAUAUAUUUUCAAUCCCCGACGCCAAAGAAAACCGAAAGAAGCCGCAGAUGAAGAAUCUUCAAGCAUAAGAUCAGAUGACAUAGAUACCUUUGAUGAUAUAGAAAAACCAACCCCUCCAAAAUUUCAUGGUUCUAAUUUUAAUAACUUUAGAGGUGGGGCUGCAUCGAGUUCUAAUUACUGCGGUAGUUUAUACUCAGCACCAGCUGCAAAACUAGAAAGGGGAGAAUCUAUUUAUGGAGGAACCAAAUCGUUAUACUGCAACUCACCUCCUCUUACAAGAGCCAACUUAAAUAGGUCACAAUCUGUUUAUGCUAAGUCAAAUACUGGAAUCCAUAAAGAUUUACUACCACGACCUGGACCUCUGGUGCCUACGCAAUCCAUGUAUCCAUUAAGAAUUAAUCAACAGAGCCAUGUUACUAACCAAAACGUACAGAACCAACUACAACAACGGACAGAGGGAAUAUACGGUGUUAGAGGGGUAACACCAGGUACUGCAAAUCGACCAGAAACACACGGAGCUACCGAACGCCAAAGAGAUAACUACUCCACAACAGAACGCCAACUAUGUGACAACUACUCAACAGCGGAAAGACCUAGAAGAGAAAACCACGCUGAGAAUUCUUACAGUACAAGACCUGCCCCAUCUAAUUCAGAAUUGACGGAAAACAAGCCAGUUAGAGGAAAUCGACCAGAGUCCAUGUAUGGUGUGUUGGGAUCCCAAACCCGCAGAAUACAAUCUUCUGUCCAGUCUGAUGACUCUUCGUAUAGCUCAUAUACUGCCACCAGUAGCACUAGAAACGCUUACAACGCCAAUAACGCUGGAAACUACCAUAAUAUUAUAAAACCUAACACUGCAGGGUAUACAGGAAGACCGUGUGGUAGUAACGAGAAUAGACAAAACCAACCUGGACAGCCCAUGGUUAACGGUACAAAUUCUAAUUCCUACCACCAUCAACAUUCCCCCAAUCCUCAGUAUUAG